AUGUCUGUUGUCGAACAAAAAAUGCCACUAACGAGUGGAAUUGCAUGGGGUUCCAGCAGUAAUAGCUGUAAUAACUCCGCUACUGAUAAUAUCCACGCUAAUAUCAAUUUCAAUGGUAACUUGAACAAUGUAACUAAUUCCAACAUCGUUCAUGAUCAAUACGGAGCACCGGUACAUCAAAGCUAUAGCAUAGUGGCUUCCACAAUUGGCCAAAAUACUUCGAGGCCGGUUCUACCACCUCUGCAUAUGGCUAUCCAUAGCCCUUAUGGGGUUCCUCCUAUGAUGGGGGCUACACACUCUUCAUCAUCUACUGCAUCAUCACUAUCUAUUUCUUCUAUGGCGACAGGAUCGUCACCCUUGUUACCAUUAGUUCUUCCACCUCCUACAGCAUCAGCCGAACUACAAGCCAAAAGAUCAUUAGAUAGGUUCUUAUUCACAGGACCAGACCAUAAUCAAGUUCAAACCCAGACUCAAAUUCAUAACCCAAGUCAAGGUCAUUACUUCAUUGGUUCUGAACCUUUACUCCCUCCCACUCAUCAACAAAAGCCCAGUUUCUCGAGCUCGACUUCUUCGCUUUCCAAUGGUGAUGAUGUAAAAGUAGAGACAUUGGAUUCGGGGAAAAAUAACGUAAUCUCCAAUAAUGACAUUCCACGCUCCAACAUUGCUGGCUCAAUGAACUCUUCCACAUCAACCUCGCCUUCUUCUUCUUCGUAUUCUACUCCAAUUGCUUCGAAAAGUAAAAGGUCUAGUCGGCAAGACCGUAAACCAAAGGCAAGUCAACAGCAUAAAAUCUCCAACACAGGUAAACAGUCGAACACUAAAGACUUGCCAUUAGCUGAAAGGAGAAAAUACAUCUGUAAGAUUUGCUCCAGAGGGUUCACUACAUCAGGUCACCUUGCCCGUCACAACAGAAUUCAUACCGGAGAGAAGCGUCAUCAAUGUCAGUUCCCCGGUUGUAAUCAACGAUUCUCAAGGCACGAUAAUUAUAUACAACAUUACAGAACCCAUUUCAAGAAUAACCCAAUGCCCGAGGAACAACAGCCUUCAAUAAAUACGCGGAGCUUGAUACCAUGA